GAAAAAUUGCUUUAAAUUAGGGUAAAUUACAAUCACAUCCUAAGGUAAAGCUAAAUUAUGAAAUUUUGAAAAAUUGCUUUUAAUAAUUGUGAUCCUUCCCAAUUUCUAGGUAAUCUUGUUAAUUAAAGCAUGCCAAAAGAUAGGAGUUGGGUUUUAUUAGGUGAUCGUCGGUUAGCAGCAUAUCAAAAUGGUUGUGUGGAAUUUAUGGAUUUUGCCUUCGCUAGAUGUGACGUUGAUAAUAAAAUAAGAUGUCCAUGUAGAGACUGUAAGUGUCGUAAAUGGGGGGAUCGUGAAUUCGUUCAUAAACAUUUACUUUGGAGGGGUUGGGAUAAGAUGUAUGGGCAACGCCGAUGGACUCUGCAUGGAGAGUCCGAAGAACAAUACAUUGGCGAUGAAAUGAACAAUACUAAUCAUACAGAAAUACUCGAAGUUGCAAUUUCAAAUGAACCUGUUGAUGUACGUGAUAACAUGGAAGACUUACUGCAUGCGUGUCUUCAUCACGAUCAUCAUCACGAUCAAGAAGAUCUGCACGAAGAACCCAACCCCGAAACUGAUGAUUUUCGUACCCUCAUUGAAGAGUGGUGCAUCCCCGUUUAUGAUGGAUGCCGGGUAUAUACUAAACUUUCUUUUGUCAUGGAGUUCUACAAAAUUAAGUCUCGUGGCAAGAUGAGUGAUAAUACAUUUACUGAAACCCUUCAGUUAAUGAGAAAACUUGAUUUUUUAAAUAUACCCGACUCUUUUUAUGAAGUUAAGAAGCUCAUCGGUAAAUUGGGGUGUGGUUACGUCAAGAUUGAUGCGUGUGAGAAUGACUGCAUGCUGUUUUGGAAGGAUGACUUGAACUUAAAUGCAUGCAAAGUGUGUAAUGCUUCAAGAUGGAAGAAUCCAGUAGAAAACCAACCGAGUUCUUCAACCUCUCAGCGCAAAAGGGUACCGAAAAAAGUUCUGCGACACUUUCCAUUGAUUCCGAGGCUCAAGCGGCUAUUUAUAUGUCAAAAAUCAGCAAUUAACAUGAGAUGGCACGCUGAGUCUCGAUGUAACGAUGGCGUUCUCAGGCACCCUGCUGAUUCUGAUGCUUGGAAAGAGUUUGACAAGAAGCACGAGUCAUUCUCUUUGGACCCUCGAAAUGUAAGGCUUGGCUUGGCUACUGACGGUUUUAAUCCCUUUGGAUCAUUGAGCAGCAAACAUAGCACAUGGCCUGUAAUUCUAAUGGUUUACAACUUACCACCAAAUAUGUGCAUGCAACGCUCUAAUAUGAUGAUGUCAUUGCUUAUUUCUGGUCCUAAAGGCCCGAAAAAUGGCAUUGAUGUUUAUCUACAGCCGUUGAUCGACGAGCUUAAUGAGUUGUGGGGUUCUGGGAUAACAACUUUUGAUUCGUACACCAAGCAAUAUUUUAAUAUGCGAGCCGCACUUUUGUGGACUAUCAACGACUUCCCUGCGCUUGGUAACUUGUCGGGGUGGAGUACAAGUGGCUAUCUUGCUUGCCCAAGUUGUGCCGAAAAUACUGUGUCUGAACGUUUGUACAAGUCUAACAAACAGUGCUAUAUGGGUCAUAGUCGUUUUUCUGAAGACGGGGCUCCACCUCCGCCUUCAGGAGAUGAGGUGUUAUCAAAAACGGAGGGUAUAAAUGUUACAUUUGGCGUAGGCCAAACAGUGCAUCGAGCUUCCCAAUGGAGAAAACGGAGUAUAUUCUUUGAAUUACCGUACUGGAAAGAUAAUCUCAUUCGGCACAAUCUUGAUGUCAUGCAUAUUGAGAAAAAUGUCGGUGAAUUAUUGCUUAGGUGGUUAUUAAAUAUUCUUGGCAAAAAUGACGGGUUUGACAAUGCUAAGGAGGACAUUGGAAAAAUUAAAAAGCCACCGUCAGGCAAAUCUGGUCCUCGAUUUCCCAAUCUCGUUCCAAAAUUAGGAAAGUAUCACAAGUUGUCUUCCCAAUCCAAGAAGGCCGUGUGUGAUGUUAUAGCAAAUGUUAAGGUUCCUAACGGCUAUGCAUCUAAUAUAGCCCGUUGUUUUGGUGAAGACAAAAUAGGGGGAUUGAAAAGCCAUGACUACCACGUACUAAUGCAGCAGUUGCUUCCAUUAGCAAUCCGUAACGUGGACUUACCAAAAAAGUUGGCUAGUACAAUAAUCCAGUUGUGCAGUUUUUUUCGAGAAUUGUGUUCAAAAACUAACUCAAUUGAAGAUUUUCGAAAACUGCACUCCGACAUUGUGAAAAUUUUGUGUGAUCUUGAGAAAUUGUUUCCUCCGGCAUUCUUUGUUGUUAUGAUGCACUUGCCGGUUCAUCUAGCUCAUGAAGCAAUGGUUGCUGGACCGGUGAAUUAUAGAUGGAUGUAUCCGAUAGAGAGAUACUUGGGUCACUUAAAGUCAUUUGUCCGAAAUAAAAAGUGCCCCGAGGGUUCAAUUGCUGAAUGCUACAUCACUGAGGAGUGCUUAAAUUUUUGCUCAUUGUACACAGAAAGUUCAUCUAUGAACAUUUCUGCUAAGGCAAAUCUUCCGGAUAGGAUUAGCGCUCAAACUUGGGAGAGGCUGUGUGAUCAGUUUCAUUCUAUUUCUACUCCGGGGGAUGAUGGGAAGGUAAUAUGA